GGGAGUCUUUACAUUUGUAUUGGAUAUUUUUCCCUGCAGCUCUAAAUGCACCAAAGGCCCAAUCCUUGCAAAUGAGACGACAUGAACAUUAUUUCAGUAUCUUUAAUUGUUGUGACAUUUUUGUUUGGUGGUGACACGUGCCGUAAGUUCUUUUUAAAGUAAAAAUCUGUAUCUACUAGCCAAGGCUGAAGAAAGGUGAGAAAAAGUUGUUUUAAAGAGCCUGUAAAGCAAAAAUGGAAUAGUAACUUUGGACUAUAAUCAUAUAAGCAUACCAAACCUUACUCAAAAGGUGGGAACACACUAAUAAUACCAAUACUCAAAUUAUAAUGAAUCAUUUUUGGAGUGUAUUUCUGGACACUGAAAGACAUUUUACAGUAUGAUCAACAGAAACAAUAACAGUAACAAGUGGUUGGCGUGUCCAUCCUGUCCAGCGUGGUGGAUUUGAAGACAAAAUGAAAAAUGAUGAGGUCAUUUAAAAAAAAAUCUCUGUGAUGAGAUCAUUAAAAAAAAACAAUUAAAAAAAAAAAUAUAUAUAUAUAUAUCUUACAACACUUUCAUUUCUGGGUAGAUUUGUGCGGCCUCCAGUGGACAGAUAGUGAAUCAUUUCCAAAGUGACAUUUUACCCACUCUUACACCUCACACUGUCAAGUGAUUAGUUGGAGGACUACUUUUUACUUGAGUAGCAAUAGUUGUCUUACUUGAAUACAAUUUUUGUCUUGGCUCUAGAAACGUUCCUUAUGGGAAAGCCGCACAAAAUGAAAUGGAAAUGUAUUUUUUAAUGACGGCCGGCUGUUACUCAAUGACCAAACCGGCCUCUAGAGGGCGUCGUUCCGUUAUCGAGAGUUUAAAGUUUGGUUUUACGUUAGUUCCUGCGUGUGAUCCAAAAAUAAAAUGCUUAUUUUUGUCACGUAUAAGUGUCGAUAUCGCGUGACAUACGCACAGCAAAAAGCUCCGUUGGCGCUUCCGCGGUCUCCUCCCCCGAGCCAGCCUCAUACGUGUAAACCACAUUAGCGCUCGAUAUAAAUACGUCUUUUCCUCGCCGUCCAAACGAGCCAAAAGCUAAAGAUAUGGCGGAGUUUUAACGAGAUAGCCGCGGCGAGCCCGUGCUCACCGCCAGCCGCCGACCACACAAGUCUACUUCCUGAGUGGAGGGAAGGGGCUUGGUCCCGUGCCUCCUGACGCCGCCGCGCAGCGCAGCCAAAUUAGCAUCGAUGAGGCUCUCGCGAACAUGGCGGAUUUCCUGCCGUCGCGCUCCGUGCUCAAAGUUUGCCUGCCCGUCUGCCUGCUCAACAGCGGCGAGGUGGAGCAGGUCCGCCGCUCCAAAGAGAUCGACCGGCGGCUCUCCCGGGAGAAAACCUACGUGAAACGCCUGGUGAAGAUCCUGCUGCUCGGCGCUGGCGAGAGCGGCAAGUCGACGUUCCUCAAACAAAUGCGGAUCAUCCACGGCCAGGACUUCGACCAGCGAGCCCGGGAGGACUUCCGAGCCACCAUUUACAGCAACGUUAUCAAAGGCAUUCGGGUGUUGGUGGACGCCCGCGAGAAGCUGCACAUCCCGUGGGGGGACCCGAGCAACCAGCAGCGCGGCGACAAGCUGAUGGCUUUCGACACGCGCUCGUCCAAGAUGGUCCACGGGCAGCUGGAGACGCCCGUCUUCCUCCAGUACCUGCCCGCCAUCAAAGCCCUGUGGGCCGACGCCGGCAUCCAGCACGCCUACGACCGCCGUCGCGAGUUCCAGCUGGGCGAAUCAGUCAAGUAUUUCUUGGAUAAUCUGGAUAAGCUCGGCGAGCCGAAUUAUCUGCCGAGUCAGCAGGACAUCCUACUGGCCCGAAAGCCCACCAAGGGGAUCCACGAGUACAACUUUGAGUUGAAGAACGUCCCCUUCAAGAUGGUGGACGUGGGCGGCCAGCGGUCCGAGCGGCGACGCUGGUUCGAGUGCUUCGACUCGGUCACCUCCAUCCUCUUCCUCGUAUCCUCCUCAGAGUACGACCAGGUCCUGAUGGAGGACCGUCAGACCAACCGGCUGUGCGAGUCGCUCAACAUCUUCGAGACCAUCGUCAACAACCGGGUCUUCGCCAACGUGUCCAUCAUCCUCUUCCUCAACAAGAUGGACCUGCUGGAGGAGAAGGUGAAGAGCGUGCCCCUCAAGGACUACUUCCCCGACUACAGCGGGCCCGAGCACAGCCUGCCCGACGUGCAGGCCUUCAUGGUGGAGUGCUUCCGGGCCAGGCGGCGCGACACCACCCAGAAGCCGCUCUACCACCACUUCACCACCGCCAUCAACACGGAGAACAUCCGGCUGGUGUUCCGGGACGUCAAGGACACGAUUCUCCAUGACAACCUCAAGCAGCUCAUGCUCCAAUGACCCCUCCGUGUGCACGACCUACAAGGGGGGACUGUAGAAGAAGAACCCGGUAGAAUCCAUCGGCUGCUUUUUACGUUAUAGUGAGUCGUGGCGGUGCAGCGCUUAUCAGACGUCUUUUGGCUAAACGUUUCACGCCGGGGAAUCGAGAGGACGCUCAAAGGUUUCAAUUGUCUCUGUUCGUCCAUUUUUUUUUUUUUGUUUGUUUUUAAUCUUUUUGUCUGAGCACUGAAUUCACGCAAGUAAUUCCAGUCAGUAGUUGCACUGUCCCUUCCUGCCCGGCGCUGCUUUGUGAAGAGAUAAAACGGCAGACCCCCCCCCCCCCCCCCCACCUUGUACCAUGUUUCUCAGAAAUGUUACCAGUCCCGACCAUCUUCCGAGAUGAAAGACUUCUGCGGGGGAAGAAAAAAAAAAAACUGAACGAACCUGUGAUGCCUUAACUGAGACCGAAUUACUGUCGAAAAAAAUCCUGCAUUUUGUGCCAGCAGUCAAUCCCAGCCACAGUGCCGUGAGAGGUCAUCAUGAUCCUCUGCGGGAAAUUAUCCAAUUUCACUAAAUUGGUACGCCCCAAAAACAACCUACUGAAUAUAAAUGUCUUUAUUUCCCCACCCAUGGUAACAAUUAAAUGCACUUCAACCAGAUGGCACGUUCUAGUUUGACUUCAUGCUAGUUUUGUUUUGGAGGGGCGCUGUGAAGUUUUUCCACGUGCCCUUGCUCAAUAAAGGGUAGCGAACGCUCCAUUGGGCCCGUUGCUGUCGUGUUUCUUAACCUUUUAUUGAGCCGAGGUACAUAAUUUCCAUUGGAAAAAAUCUCACAGCACCACCACCAAAGAAAAAUGUCACAAAGUAUUUAUUGUAACCCAACUGUGACCAAGCAAUUGACACUCCUUAAAAGUUUUUGAUGACCUAAAAGACCAGGACGUUACUAUUUGAUUGUUGUUAUGCUAUUGCAAUGUGUAAAUACAGCCCCGCCCCCAUCGUCAACAUAGUUUCUUAUCUUGGUGCCAAAGCACUACUUUUAAUAUUAGACAGGGAAGCACAGAAACGGCAAACUGAGUUUUUCCUAGCAAAGUUUGCAUGUUCUCCCCGUGCCUGCGCGGGUUUUCUCUGGGCACUCUGGUUUCCUCCCGCCUCCCAAAAAACAUGCAAUAUUAAUUGGACACUCUAAAUUGCCCCUAGGUGUGAUUGUGAGUGCGAAUGGUUGUUCGUCUGUAUGUGCCCUGCGAUUGGUUGGCGACCGGUUCAGGGUGUACCCCGCCUCCUGCUAGAUGACAGCUGGGAUAGGCUCCAGCAUUCCCCGUGACCCUAGUGAGGAUAAGUGGCAAAGGAAAAUGGAUGGAUAGGAAAGUUUGUCCAUUCAGGGAAAAAAAAAAUCUGUGCCGACUCAAGUAUGCAGGGUAGUACGGUAUACAGAAUUAUCUUGUCUCGUUGUUAUCAUAAAAAAAUAGCAUAAAUAGACAAUUAUCCUACUCAUUUGUUGUAAAUAAUUUGGAAUUUUGUACCAAUUAAGUGAAGUUUGAUCAUUUCCAGCAAACCAGAGCAUUUCUUUUCCACUGUCUAUUGCUAGUUAACAUGGCUUUGUUUUGUCUAACAGACACCAGCCGACAUUUCUCUCAGGGUUGAUUUAGAAAGCGGUCAAGAAUCUCCAUGAAAGCGCCAAGCUCUCGUUUCUAUUUGUCGCCAAACACUCCUUGAGCUUCCCAGGUGUUUCCCCCAUUUAAAAAAAAGUAGCCCAUGCUCAGCUUUUGCUUGUACAUACCCAAAUGUUUUUUCCAUUGUAAAUAAUACCUAGGUUUGUCCCUUUGUAUGUAAAUGGUUGUAGAAUUUUUUUUUUUUUUUGUCGUUCUAAAUCACUGCUUUUUCCCAAUGAAGAUGUUUUCUGCCAUCUUUUGGGGAGAAAUUAUUUCCCUGUGUCAACUGUCAUGCCACUAUAACUUUACGAAUAAAACACACUUUUCUAAA